UAAGUUGUCAAAUACAUAUUGAUUAUUGUUUUUCUCUGACCGAAAAAAAAAAAAUUUAACUAAAAAUUUUAUUUAGUUAAUUUUAAACGUCCUAAAACUUAAAAAAACAGGCGAAGCUAUGGCGAGAUUUUUAGGACUUGAUAGGUUAGCUAAAAUUUAUGAUAUUAUUCGUCAAGCUGGUGGUAUUCGCGCAGCAUAUAUGAAACUUUACAGAUUUGAUGAGCUUAAACCUGGAACCCUUGUUGGAACCGAUAAAUAUGGUAAUAGAUAUUAUGAAAAUCCAUAUUAUUUCUAUGGUCGUAAUAGAUGGGUAGAAUAUGCAGAUCACUUUAAUAUGGAUUACGAUGGAUCACAGAUUCCAGCUGAAUGGUUUGGUUGGAUGCAUUACAAGACCGAUAUUCCACCAACCUUAGACGGAUCUCGCCCUAAAUACAAAUGGAUGAUUGACCAUAGCGAAAAUUUAUCGGGAACUAAAGCUCAGUAUAUGCCGUACACAACUACUCCUCCGAAAAUUGAGGCAUGGGAUCCAAAAAAAUCAUCUAGCAAAGAAUAAAAUUGUUAACAUUUAGGAAAGAUUUUAUUAAACCAAAAUUAUCUAAAAUAUUAAACAAUUUUUUUAAUUGUAAAGUUUUAAGAAAAACAAUAUCUACAUAACAUUCUUAUUUUUUCUAUAUAAUCUUUACUCAAUCGCUGUUUAUAACUUUAGAUUGGCAAUAAACUGUAGCUCCUAUAAUUUUAUGGAAAUUAAAACAA